AUGGAUUCUCAUGGAGGACACUACCUCAACAAAGAAGCUGUGUUGUCACCUUUAGGUGCAGCCCGAAUGUGCCAGAUGCUCCUCGGCUGCACCAUAUUGGCCCUUGUGUCCCACAGUGCAGGCUACAGCGCCAACUAUGGAAACUUCUGCAUGUUUGUGUGGGGCUUCUGCUUCGCUGUGACACUGGUCGUGUUCACCUUGGACAUCACGCGGCUCCACGCAUGCAUGCCCAUUUCCUGGGAUAACUUCACCGUGGCCUUUGCCAUGUUGGCAACUCUCAUGUACAUCACUGCCUCCGUGGUCUACCCUGUUUACUUUCUCCAGACAGAGUGCCCGGACGAAAGCUGCGAGAUCCAAAUCUACCAAAUUGCUGUCACUGUCUGCUCCAGUCUCUGCUGUUUCCCCUACGGAGUCGAGGUGUUCCUAACUCGAGCCAAACCAGGGGCUGUGGUGGGUUACAUGGCCACGGUGUCCGGUCUACUCAAGGUUGUCCAGGGUUUUGUGGCCUGCAUCAUAUUUGGGGCUCUAGCCAAUGACAGUGAAUACACCAACUACAUUGCUACCCAGUACUGUGUAGUGGUGUACAGCCUGUGCUUCACUGUGACUGUGAUAGUGGUCAUCGUGACCGUCUCUGGAAGGUCAUCCGCACUGCGGUUCCCCUUUGACCGAUUCGUAGUUGUCUACACCUUCUUUGCUGUGAUCCUCUACCUCAGUACUACACUUAUCUGGCCCAUCUUCAGUUUUGAUAGGAAAUACGGCACCACCGACCGUCCUGAGGACUGCCCACGUGGAGAAUGUCCCUGGGACAGUAAGCUGGUGGUGGCAGUGUUCACCUGUGUCAACCUAAUCUUGUAUUUUGUUGAUCUGAUUUACUCCCAGAGGAUCCGCUUUGUCUCCAGAUCUGCUGUCUAA